AUGGGUAGAGGCAAUGGAGGCACAGCUGAGCAGUACCAAGUGCACACCCACCCACCUAACCCCAGUGGGGGGAUAUUGGAGCUGCUGGUGCUGUCGGUCCCAGUGGUCCUGCUGGUCCAAGAGGUGAGCCUGGACUUCCUGGUGCUUCUGGCCCCGUUGGCCCUGCAGGCAACCCUGGUGCUAAUGGCAUUGCUGGUGCUAAAGGUGCAGCUGGUCUUCCUGGUGUUGCUGGUGCUCCUGGUUUGCCUGGUCCUCGUGGUAUUCCUGGACCUGCUGGCCCAGCUGGUGCAGCUGGUGCUAGAGGACUUGCUGGUGAGCCUGGCCCUGCUGGAUCCAAGGGAGAAACUGGGUGCUGCUGGUGCACCGGGUCCCGCUGGUCCAAAUGGUGAGGAAGGCAAGAGAGGCUCUACUGGUGAAGCUGGUGCUACCGGCGCUCCUGGUCCAGCAGGUCUAAGAGGCGUUCCUGGGUCUCGUGGUCUCCCUGGAUCUGAUGGCAGAGCUGGUGGUAUGGGACCUGCUGGAAGCCGCGGUGCUCCUGGUCCCGCUGGUGCUAGGGGUCCUAGCGGUGAUUCUGGUCGCCCUGGUGAGCCUGGCCUCCUCGGUCCAAGAGGUCUUCCAGGUCAACCUGGUAACCCAGGCCCUGCUGGCAAGGAAGGUCCCGUUGGUUUCCCUGGUGCCGAUGGUAGAGUUGGCCCAACUGGUCCAGCUGGUGCAAGAGGCGAGCCUGGCAACAUUGGAUUCCCUGGACCAAAAGGUCCCAAUGGUGAACCUGGCAAACCUGGUGACAGAGGCAAUGUUGGUGUUGCUGGCUCACGGGGUGCUCCUGGUCCUGAUGGCAACAAUGGUGCUCAAGGUCCCCCUGGCAUUGCUGGCAAUCCUGGUGCAAAAGGUGAACAAGGUCCAGCUGGCCCCCCUGGCUUCCAAGGUCUCCCAGGCCCCUCAGGCCCUGCUGGUGAAGCUGGUAAACCAGGCGACAGAGGUAUUCCAGGUGAAUUUGGCCUCCCCGGUCCUGCUGGUGUAAGAGGUGAACGUGGCGCUCCAGGUGAAAGCGGCGCUGCUGGUCCUGUAGGUUCCAUGGGAAGCCGUGGUGCAACUGGCCCACCAGGCCCUGAUGGUAACAAGGGUGAACCUGGCAAUGCUGGUGCCCCUGGUGGUCCAGGCUCAGCCGGCUCUGGUGGAAUCCCAGGUGAGAGGGGUAUUGCUGGUGUCCCAGGAGGCAAAGGUGAAAAGGGUUUACCAGGCCUCAGAGGCGAAGCUGGGGCAACAGGAAGAGAUGGCUCUCGGGGUAUUCCUGGUGCUGUUGGAUCCCCUGGCCCUGCUGGUGGCCCUGGUGAUCGGGGUGAAUCUGGUCCUGCUGGUUCUGCUGGCCCUGCUGGUGCUCGUGGUGCUCCUGGUGAACGUGGUGAGAGUGGUCCUGCUGGCCCUAACGGAUUUGCUGGACCUCCGGGUGCCGCUGGCCAAACUGGUGCUAAAGGCGAGCGGGGUCAGAAAGGACCUAAGGGUGAACUUGGUCCACAGGGUGCUAUUGGCCCAGCUGGCAAUAGUGGACCAGCAGGUCCCGUUGGUGCUGCAGGUCCCGCUGGUGGUCGCGGUGAUGGUGGUCCUCCUGGCAUCACUGGUUUCCCUGGAGCAGCUGGCAGAACUGGUCCUCCCGGCCCUGCAGGUAUCACUGGUCCCCCUGGUCCUCCUGGCCAAUCUGGCAAAGACGGUCCUAGAGGCCCACGUGGUGAUACUGGUCCAGUUGGUCGUCCUGGUGAACAAGGUACCGUUGGCCCAGCUGGCUUCACUGGUGAGAAAGGUCCAUCUGGAGAGCCUGGUGCAGCUGGUCCUCCUGGUACCUCAGGACCUCAGGGUAUUCUUGGUGCUCCUGGUAUCCUUGGUCUGCCUGGCUCUCGGGGAGAACGUGGUCUUCCUGGCAUUUCUGGAGGAAAUGGUGAGACAGGACCUGCUGGUAUUGCUGGUCCUCCCGGUUCACGUGGUCCCUCUGGACCCUCGGGUGCUCCUGGUAUGAACGGUUCCCCUGGUGAAGCUGGCCGUGAUGGCAAUCCCGGUAAUGAUGGUCCUCCAGGCCGUGAUGGCGCUCCUGGUUUCAAGGGUGAGCGUGGUUAUCCUGGCAGCAAUGGUCCUGCUGGUGCCGCUGGUGCUCCUGGUCCUCAUGGUUCAGUUGGUCCUUCUGGAAAGCCUGGAAAUCGUGGUGAACAUGGUCCCGUUGGUGUUACUGGUCCUGUUGGUCCUGCUGGUGCAAGAGGUCUUGCUGGCCCACAAGGCCCACGUGGUGAGAAAGGUGUACCAGGUGAUAAAGGACCUAGAGGCAUGCCUGGUUUUAAGGGACACAAUGGAUUGCAGGGUCUGCCCGGUCUUGCUGGCCACCACGGAGAUCAAGGUGCUCCUGGUUCCACUGGCCCUGCUGGUCCAAGGGGUCCUGCUGGUCCUACUGGUCCUCAUGGUAAAGAUGGUCGCAAUGGACAUCCUGGUGCUAUUGGACCUGCUGGUGUGCGUGGUUCUCAGGGUAGCCAAGGUCCUAGUGGUCCACCCGGUCCACCUGGUCACCCUGGCCCACCUGGCCCCAAUGGUGGUGGAUAUGAGUUUGGCUAUGAAGCUGAAUACUACCGAGCUGAUCAGCCAUCUCUCAGACCUAAGGACUAUGAAGUUGAUGCCACUCUGAAAUCAUUGAACAACCAAAUUGAGACCCUCCUGACCCCAGAAGGCUCCAGGAAGAACCCAGCCCGCACCUGUCGUGACUUAAGACUCAGCCACCCAGAAUGGACCAGUGGUUUCUACUGGAUUGAUCCCAACCAGGGGUGCAUCAUGGAUGCCAUCAGAGUGUACUGUGACUUCUCCACUGGUGAGACUUGCAUCAAUGCUAAUCCAGAAACCAUCCCCACUAAGAACUGGUAUGUCAACAAGAACCCCAGGGACAAGAAGCAUGUGUGGUUUGGCGAAACUAUCAAUGGUGGUACACAGUUUGAAUACAACGAGGAAGGCGUGACCUCCAAAGACAUGGCCACCCAACUUGCCUUCAUGCGUCUGCUGGCCAACCAUGCCUCCCAGAACAUCACCUACCACUGCAAGAACAGCAUUGCAUACAUGGAUGAGGAAACUGGCAACCUUAAGAAGGCUGUUAUACUGCAGGGAUCCAAUGAUGUUGAACUACGAGCUGAAGGCAACAGCAGGUUCACUUUCAGUGUUCUUGAGGAUGGCUGCUCUAGAAAGACCAAUGAAUGGGGCAAAACAAUCAUUGAAUACAGAACGAAUAAGCCAUCUCGCUUGCCCAUCCUUGACAUUGCACCUUUGGACAUUGGUGGCGCUGACCAAGAAUUCGGUUUGGACAUUGGCCCAGUCUGUUUCAAAUGA